AUGGCCUGUUUUAAUGGCAUUGUGAUCAGCCUGGCCGGUGGUGGCUACAAGAACAAUCGGCUCCGGAGCUAUGCCAAGACGCUGGACUUUGAGCUCCUCGAGGCCAACGUGAAUGACGGGGAGCUUGGGGCCGACGUGAGCCUCGCGUUCCGUCCGGCCGUAAGACCGACCAGCUGA